AUGGAGACGAAUAUGAAGACUGCACAUUCAUCGUCUCUGUUGCCCGAUUCAACCCAACCACCCACCUCUUCAAACACCAUGGACUCAUCAUCAUCAUCAUCAUCAUCACCAUCAUCACCAUCACCAUCAUCACCAUCAUCAUCAUCAUCACCACCAUCAUCACCAUCAUCAUCAUCAUCAUCCAAUGCGCGGACUUACGACGUCUUCUUGAGUUUCAGAGGCGAAGACACUCGCAAGACCUUCACCGGCCACCUCUACUCCGCGUUGACCGACGCCGGGGUCAACGCCUUCAUUGACGACCGCGAGCUUCCCAAAGGUGAGAACAUCCCGGAAGAGCUCGUGCGGGCGAUUCAAGGGUCCAGAAUCUCCGUCGUCGUUUUCUCCAGGAACUACGCGGAUUCCAGUUGGUGUCUGGAGGAGCUAGUGAAGAUCAUGGAAUGCAGGCGAACCGUUCGGCAGAUGAUGAUCCCCGUUUUCUACGAUGUCGAUCCGUCGGACGUCAGGAAGCAGACGGGGAUUUUCUCUAAAUCUUUUGAGAAACAUGAAAAGUGGUUCCUUUCCGAUAGUGAAAAGGUGCUUCGAUGGAGGUCAGCUCUUACUGAGGCUGCAAAUCUCUCUGGGUGGGAUCUUAGAAACACUGCUGAUGGGCAUGAGGCAAAGUUCAUUAAGAAGAUCACUGAAGAGAUUUUGAGGCAACUGAAGAACACAUACUUAUUUGAAGCGCUCUACCCUGUUGGAAUAGAUUCUCGUGUGCGGGUUAUGACGUCAUUAUUGAAUAUUAGCGAAGAAGAUGAGGUACGUAUGGUGGGAAUUUUGGGAAUGGGAGGAAUGGGUAAGACAACUAUUGCCAAAGCCAUUUAUAACCGAUUGUAUGAUAGCUUUGAAGGUAGAUGUUUUCUUGGAAAUGUCCGAGAGACUUGGAACAGACCCAAUUGUGAGGUUUCACUGCAGGAACAACUUUUAUCUGAUAUCUUAAAGCGCAAAGUGAAGUUAAAUAAUCCUGAUAGAGGAAUCAUGGAGAUAAAAGAUAGACUUUGCCGUAUGAGGAUACUUCUUGUUGUUGACAACAUAGAUGAUGCUGACCAACUAAAGGCUGUUGCUGGAAGCCGUGAUUGGUUUGGUUUUGGAAGUAGAAUCAUUAUAACAACGAGGAAUAUGCGGUUGCUGCUGCUGCUUGGAGUGGAUACCUCAUAUCCCAAAAAAAUGAAUGAUGCUGAAUCUCUUGAGCUUUUUAGUUGGCAUGCUUUUCGAAGAAGUUUCCCCGACAAAGACUAUGUUCAACUUUCCGGGAAUGUAGCUGCUUACUGUGGAGGACUACCACUAGCUCUGGAGGUCUUAGGUUCCUUCCUCUUUGGCAGGAGCAUACCAGAGUGGGAAAAUGCGAUAAAGAAAUUAGAAAGGAUUCCUCAUAACAAAAUUCAAGAGAAACUAAAAAUAAGUUAUGAGGCUUUAACUGAUGAGACAAUACAAGAGAUGUUCCUUGAUAUAUCUUGUUUCUUUGUUGGUAUGGAUAGGAACUAUGUUCUGCAAAUCUUGGAUGGAUGUGGUUUUUUUGCGGAAAUCGGAAUCAGCGUCCUACUUCAACGAUGCCUUGUGACUAUAAAUGAGGAGAACAAGCUUACGAUGCAUGGUUUGCUUCGGGAUAUGGGAAGAGAUAUUGUUCGAAAAGAAUCUCCCAAAGAGCUUGGAAAAAGGAGUAGGCUGUGGCAUCAAGAAGAUGUAAUUGAUGUGCUGACAAAAGAGACAGGAACUCAAAAAAUUGAAGGACUCAGUCUAAAACGGGAAAGACAUAAUAUAGUUGGUUUCAAUACACAAGCAUUUGCAAUUAUGCAGGGACUGAGAUUGCUCCAGCUCUAUUAUGUAAAACUCAAUGGAAGCUACGAGUACCUUUCUAAAGAGCUAAGAUGGCUUUGUUGGCAUGGGUUCCCUAUGAAGUUCAUACCAAAUGAGUUUUAUCUAGGAAAUCUUGUUGCUCUAAACAUGAAAUAUAGCAACCUGAAAAAUGUUUGGAAGAAUCCUAAGUUGCUCGAGAAGAUGAAGAUCCUUAAUCUUAGCCAUUCCCACUACCUAACACGGACCCCAGACUUUUCAAAACUCCCCAACCUUAGCCAAUUAAUACUCAAAGAUUGUCGAAGUUUAUAUGAGGUUCACCAUUCAAUAGGAUACCUUGACAAACUUGUUUUGGUAAAUUUGAAAGACUGCAAAAUUCUUAAAAGCCUUCCGAAAGAUUUCUACAAGUUAAGAUCACUUGAAACUCUUAUUCUUUCUGGGUGCUCGCAGUUUGAGAAUUUGGAUGAAGAUUUAGGGGAAAUGCUGUCAUUGGCAACUCUAGAUGCAGACAACACCGCCAUAAGAAAUGUACCCUUCACCAUAGUACGACUGAUGAACCUCAGACAUUUGUCUUUAUGUGGCUUGAAAGCGAGUUUUUUGCCUCCUUCCUUACAAGGCUUGUCUUCCCUAACAACAUUAUCUCUCACGGAUUGCCAUUUAGCCGAUGAUGCGAUUCCUAAGGACAUUGGGACAAGCUUACCUUCUCUGGUGAUUUUAAAACUACAAAAUAAUAAGUUUAGUAGAUUACCAUCAAGCUUCGGCCGCCUUUCCAAUCUCAAAGACCUUCGGUUAGAUAAUUGCACAAUGCUUCAAUCAAUUCCAAAUUUACCAGCAAGUUUGGAGGCCUUCUAUGCAACAAACUGCACUUCAUUGGAAAACCUGCCCAACAUGUCAAAAAUGUCGAAUAUGCAGAUCUUGUCCCUUGCAAAUUGCCAUAAACUUGUUGCUAGCCUAGACAUGGACAAUCUAUUGAAGUUGGCAAUAACCCUUCAAAGGGAAAGGUGCAACAGUAUUUCUACUUCUUUUAGUGACAGCAUCUUACAGGAAUGCAAGGAAUCUGGAGGAUUUUGUGUUCUCCCAGGGAAUAUUAUUCCUGAAUGGUUCACCCACUCUAAAGAGGGUAGUAUUGUAUGCAUUGAAGUUCCGCAAUUGGUGGGUUGUAAUGUGGUAGCACUUGUUGUGUGUACUGUGUAUUCAUCUUUUCCGACCAGCGGCAUGAUAUCUCUCGAUCUUCCAACCAUUUCAGUCAUCACCAAUACAAAAGGGGGAGAACCUACAAGAAUGACAAUUACAACUGAUAUAGUAAUCUCUGAGGAAGAUAACAUUUGGCUGGGAUAUUUCUCAAAUGAUACGUUUAAGUUAGAAGGUGGAGAUAUGGUUAAUAUUUCUUUUGAUUUUGGGGUGCGAGCUACUGUGAAGAAGACAGGGGUCCAUUUUCUGUGGGACAAAUGUGAUGAUUCGAUCAAGUACAUUUCAAGAGCCAAUGGUUACACUACUGUACUUGGUGAUGAUGACGACGUGGCUAAACACGAAGCACGGAUUAGAGCUAAGAGAUUGCGCGCUGAUGAGGAAGAGGUUGCACCAAGCCAUCGUUGGUCUGAUGAACAUAACAAUAAUUGCAAGAGAAUGAAGGUGGAAAGAUAACGAGCUAGUAACGAGUUAUCCAUUUUUGACACUUCAUGAAUAACUCUUUCAGCGAUCCUGAUUGAAUAUUUCAACUCAAUUUCGCAAGCUUAGUUUGUCCCUCACAAA